GAGAUCCAACCCAAAACACAUGGCAUUGGGAGGCAUGCAGAUUAGUACUGCUACUGCAUUUUGAUGUCGACAAUUCUCUCUAUUAUAUCUGUACGUUUCUCUUUUUUUCUUUUAUAUAAUAGCAUUUCAUCAUCUAAUAGCAAUCUCAAGUUCUCACUUCUCCCAAUGGUGUAAUCUAAGAACUCUCCAUAUCCAUUACAUUCAUAAUCUUACCAAAUAGAAUAUAAUGGAAGCUCUAACCCCUCAAGUCCUCAUCUCUCUUGUGCUAUUCCUAUUCACCAUCUUCAUCUACUAUGCAUGGAAUGCUGCACGACCAAAGCCAGCAACCCCGCCAUCCCCCCCGGCUCUUCCAGUAAUCGGCCACCUCCACCUCCUCACAGACAUGCCACACCACACCUUCGCCGAUCUUUCCAACAGUCUUGGCCCUUUAAUUUAUCUAAGACUUGGACAGGUCCCUACCAUUGUCAUCCACUCAGCUCACCUAGCUAAACUUGUCCUCAGAACACACGAUCAUGCCUUCGCCAACCGCCCACAACUCAUCUCUGCUCAGUACCUCUCUUUUGGCUGCUCUGAUGUCACCUUCUCCUCUUAUGGUGCAUACUGGAGGCAAGCAAGAAAGAUCUGUGUUACUGAGUUACUCAGCGCCAAAAGGGUCCACUCAUUUCGACUCGUUCGAAAAGAAGAGGUAGAUCGGUUGUUAGACGCUGUUUUAACUAGUUCUGGUAAGGAAGUUGAUAUGAGUCAGAUGCUGUUUUGUUUAGCUAAUGACGUACUGUGUAAAGUGGCGUUUGGGAGGAGGUUCAUGGCGGAGAAGGACGGGAAAGGGAAGAAUCUGGCGAGUGUUUUGAUGGAGACGCAGGCUUUGUUUGCAGGGUUUUGCUUAGGCGAUUUUUUUCCAAAGUGGGAAUGGGUUAACUCAAUGAGUGGGUACAGGAAGAGAUUGUUAAAGAACUUGAAGGACUUAAAAGAGGUUUGUGAUGAAAUAAUUGAAGAACACUUAAAGAAGAAGAAGAAGAAGAAUGGAACGGAAAACGCUGAUGAUGAUGAUGAUUACAAUGAGAAGGAAGAUUUUGUGGAUGUUUUGCUUAGAGUUCAAAAACGAGAGGAUCUGGAAGUGCCCAUUACUGAUGAUAAUCUCAAAGCAUUAGUUCUGGACAUGUUUGUAGCUGGAACUGAUACAUCAUCAGCAACACUAGAAUGGGUAUUCACAGAGCUGGCCAGGCACCCAAGAGUGAUGAAGAAAGCACAAGAAGAGGUCCGGAUGAUUGCAUCCGGGAAUGGUAAGGUUGAUGAGAGCGAUCUGCAACACCUGCAUUACAUGAAAGCUGUAAUAAAGGAGACUAUGCGAUUGCACCCACCAGUUCCUCUACUGGUUCCUCGUGAAUCUAUGGAGAAAUGUGCUCUUGACGGCUAUGAAAUACCUGCUAAAACUCGGGUUUUAAUAAACACCUAUGCUAUUGGAAGGGAUCCAAAAUCAUGGGAGAAUCCUCUGGAUUAUGAUCCUGAGAGGUUUAUGGAAGACGACAUUGAUUUUAAGGAUCAAGACUUCAGGUUUCUACCAUUUGGGGGAGGAAGGCGAGGUUGCCCAGGUUAUAGUUUUGGAUUAGCAACGAUAGAAAUUACACUUGCUCGACUUCUAUAUCAUUUCGACUGGGCAUUACCUCAUGGAGUUGAAGCUGAUGAUGUUGACCUCAGUGAGGUUUUUGGGCUUGCCACAAGGAAGAAAACUGCACUGGUUCUAGUACCAACAGCCAAUAAGGACUUUCAGUUCAGGGGUCAUGAUUUUUAGUCAGAAGGCUAUGAAACCUUCCAGGGAAAAGGAUGAUAAGUGUGGGGUUUGUAAUCUCUUGCUAAUUACUAUAGUAAGUUUCUUGUAAUUGUAAUGUUUCAUCAUAUGUAUGGUAAAGCAUAAUAAAAUUUCUUGAUCCAAGCAAAUUCGAUACCA